AUGACAUCUUUGCGAAAACUUUUGCUCACUGGUAAUCCAUUGCGAACUCUUCGAAGCUCGUUGGUUUCUGGACCUACACAUGCUUUAUUAAAGUAUCUUCAGAGUAGACUUCCAGCUGAUGAAGAGACUGGUGUUUCUCCUGCAACUAAAGAGGAAGUAGUUGCAAUGGCAGCUCGGAUGUCUCUUACUUCAAAGGAACUUUCUUUGGCGGGGCUAGGGUUGAGUGCUGUCCCAUCAGAUGUAUGGGAAUCUAGUGAAAUCAAAAAAGUAGAUCUUUCAAGGAACUUGAUUGAAGAGUUACCAGUUGAACUUUCCUCUUGUGUUUCUCUUGAGACUUUGAUUUUAUCUGGGAACAAGAUGACAGAAUGGCCAGGUGCAAUUAUAAAGCAGCUUUCUAAUAUUCUGUGUUUGAAGCUGGACAACAAUAUACUUCGACAAAUUCCGUCAGAUGGUUUCCAAGCUGCUUCCAAGCUUCAGGUUCUGGAUCUAAGUGGUAAUGCUAAUUGUUUACCGGAACAUCCAGCAUUUUCUAGCUUACCGCAUUUAAAGGAGCUUUACUUGAGACGGAUGCAGAUAUCUGAUGUACCAUCAGAUAUAUUGAUUUUACAGGACUUAAGGAGUCUUGAUUUGAGUCAAAAUUCCCUUCGAUUGAUUCCAGAGGGUUUCAAAAAUCUUACUACUCUUAUGGAGCUUAACCUUUCAGACAAUAAUAUCACUACGCUUCCUCCAGAACUGGGAUUGCUUGAACCCAGCCUACAAAUGCUAAAACUUGAUGGAAACCCACUGAGAAGCAUUCGGAGGACAAUUUUGGAUCGAGGAACUAAAGCUGUUUUGGCAUACUUGAAGGACAAAAUUGUAGAGCAGUAGUCUCUCUCUCUCUCUCUCUCUCUCUCUCUCUCUAUGUGGGUGUGUGUGUGUGGUUGCGAGCUUUGCAUUUGUGGGUGGUGUGCUGCACUAUUUUCGCUAUUGACUUCAAAUUUGUGGAACUUGAAUUAGCAGGCCAAAGUUAUAGCUUAACUGCAUAGUUUCAUAUUUAUUCAAUUAUGCUCACUGUCGAGCAAAAGAUGAUUCCCAAGUAGUUCACGCCUUUCCCACCUUGUCCCUUGUCCCUGUCCCCGAGGCAAGGUUUGGGUCUCACCCUCCCCAUGCACUGUACAUUGUACUCUGUUGUUGGAACCAAAAACAAAAGAGUUCACGUGUCUGUAAUUUUAUAAAUUCCUUGCUUUUAUGUGAUUGAUUUCUACACUAUUGUAAUUGCACAGUUG